AUGGAAGACUCCCUUUUCACUAUAGCAAUCGCCUCGGUGCUAGCGGUCUUGUUUCUUUACAAGAACUACCUUUCGUUUACAAGAGACGUGCCGCCAGAAUACCUUUCCGAACAGAGUGUCGUGGAUACGAUAAGGAACCCAGGCGAGCUGGCCAUCUAUAAGUCAACGAAGCUUGACUAUUCCUCGGGGCUUCGGGUUGGUUUUGGCAUUCGCUUUGACCAUUAUAAAGUACGCAAUGGUAAUUUGUGUGAUGCCUGGGAGAUCAUGAUGUAUGCGCUUGAAGCUAACCCAGGGAAGGCGUUUAAGUUUGACGACACUUCAAUUGAACUAGCAGCUGUGAAUGCCUGGGCACAGAAGAUCGCUACGUACUUACGUGAGAAUAACGUUGAGGCUUUGGCAGUACCACUGCUGCUUUUUAUUGCUUCUGCUGAGGUUUUUGCUGCUGUGGUAGCAUGCUUCAUUUCCCAGAUCACUGUUCAUGUUUAUGAUGAUAAGCUUGAGCAUGAAGAGGCCUGGGCGCUUGAGACCGACGGUGGUGAAGUUGUGAUCAACGGUUCCGCCGGUGCUGUCUCGGUGAGUUCACUCAAGGAUACACCCUCCACCGUCUUCGAGAACAACUACGCUCCAGAAAAGGACAAGGGCAUAGCGCUUGUGGUGACUACGCUGCUUGGACACAACAUCACGGCGACAAGCAAGUUUGCUCAAAUCAAUCUUAUUGCUGCCGCCGCAAGCUCCCUCAAACACCUCCCUCCUACCCACGAAUUGACAGCAGACGAUCGUUUAUUAGUCGUGCAGACCGAAAAGACCGCCGAGGCCAUCUCAAAUACCGUCACCAAAAUAUUGGCUGCCUUUGUUUCUAAUGCUAACCUUUAUCUUACCAAGGAUCUUGACCUUGGCCUCAAGUGGGAUCCCACCGUCAUAUCUGCCCCUGAAGACUGCGUCCAAUCUCUCUACCAGGAGCCCAGUGGAAUCCAGAAGCUCUUUUACUGGCACCGUCUUUUCGCUUUAACGCAGCUUAAUUUCUCCAAUUGGAUGGCACUGAAGCCACUUCCCAACUUACGUCUCGUAUAUGCGCAUAAGACGAUCAACAGUGGGCAUAAAGAGUGGAAUGAAGCCAGAGCUGCCCUUUCUGUCCAUAUCAUCGAGGAAUUGGGCUGUUCCAACGUGGCUGGUCCGUUCCUUGUCACGGAUUUCUAUGACUACCGUAAGGUGGAUGCCCAGAAGGCCGAUAAACUCGUGUUCAGGGGAUGUGUCGUCCAGGCUGAAGAAGCUAAGCUUGCCGACUACGACGGCUCUGAACCCGGUAUAGUCUGUCUUCGUGGUCAUAAUAUCGGCCGUGCCAGCACGUCAAUGGCAGGUGUUGGCGAAAAACACUUGUCUCCAGAUAGCGAAGGGUUCUUUCAGAUCCCUAAGAUCAAGGGCAAUUGGGGUCUGGACGGGUGUCUCUAUGUAUACAAAAGUUAA